GUUUGUUGUCCAUGAGUGGCCCAGACAGCAAUGCUUUAAGUAGCUCCCCACGGCCCUCGUCCCCCCUUGCAUCCUCUCUGCCUCUUGUUCUGCUCCUCCUCUCCCAUCUUCAUCCUCCUCGUCUCUUGCAUUCGUUUUCCAGAUACCCCUCUUUCAGGUGCCAGCAUCCGGCACUGCCCCAGAGCUCCUCCAUCAGAAGGGUGGUACUCCCCACCGCUCUCUCUGCUCCAGCAGCAAGCUUGCUACACCUACAACACACACCUCCAACAACACAGCCAGCACAGCAACCAUGUGUGGAAUCUUCGGCUACAUCAACUACUUGGUCGAGAAGGACCGCAAGUUCAUCCUCGACACCCUCGUCAACGGUCUCGCUCGUCUCGAGUACCGUGGUUACGAUUCGGCCGGUCUUGCCAUCGAUGGCGACAAGAAGAAGGAGAUCUUGGCCUUCAAGGAGGUUGGCAAGGUUGCCAAGCUCAAGGCUUUGAUCGAGGAAUCCAAGCCCGACCUCACCAAGGUCUUCGACUCGCACGCCGGUAUUGCACACACCCGGUGGGCUACUCACGGCCCUCCUUCCAGAGUCAACUGCCACCCUCACAGAUCGGACCCCACCUGGGAGUUUUCCAUCGUCCACAACGGCAUCAUCACCAACUACAAGGAGCUGAAGACCCUGCUUUCCAGCAAGGGCUUCAAGUUCGAGACCGAGACGGAUACUGAGUGCAUUGCCAAGCUCGCCAAGUACCUCUUCGACCGCAACCCCAACGUGGGCUUCGUCGAUUUGGCCAAGGCUGUCAUCUCCGAGCUCGAGGGUGCUUACGGCCUGCUUAUCAAGUCUGUGCACUACCCCCACGAGGUCGUCGCCGCUCGCAAGGGUUCACCGCUGGUCAUCGGUGUCAAGACUGAGAAGCGCAUGAAGGUCGACUUCGUCGAUGUCGAGUACGCUGAUGACAACGCUCUGCCCGCCGAGGCCGCCUCUCAGAAUGUGGCCGUCAAGAAGCAGGCUGGAGGCGGUCUCCUCUCGGUCAACAACUUGCUCGGUGCUCCCGACAAGUCCCUUCUCCACCGCUCGCAGUCGAGAGCUUUCAUGACCGACGAUGGCCAGCCCAUGCCCGCCGAGUUCUUCCUCUCUUCGGACCCCUCGGCUAUCGUUGAGCACACCAAGAAGGUCAUGUACCUGGAGGACGACGACAUUGCCCACAUCCACGAGGGAUCGCUCAACAUCCACCGUCUGAAGAAGGCCGACGGUUCCUCCAACGUCCGCAACAUCCAGACCCUUGAGCUUGAGCUCCAGGAGAUCAUGAAGGGCAAAUUUGACCACUUUAUGCAGAAGGAGAUUUUCGAGCAGCCCGAGUCCGUGGUCAACACCAUGCGUGGACGCCUCGAUGUCGAGAACAAGUCCGUCACUCUCGGUGGUCUGCGGUCAUACAUUGCCACUAUCCGCCGGUGCCGCCGUAUCAUCUUCAUUGCCUGCGGUACUAGUUAUCACUCCUGCAUGGCUGUUCGCGGUAUCUUCGAGGAGCUCGCUGAGAUCCCGAUUGCCGUCGAGCUGGCCUCCGACUUCUUGGACCGAGAGGCACCAGUCUUCCGUGACGACACCUGCGUCUUCGUCUCGCAGUCCGGUGAGACUGCCGACUCCCUCAUGGCUCUUCGCUACUGCCUGGAGCGCGGUGCCCUGACUGUCGGCAUCGUCAACGUGGUCGGUUCGUCCAUCUCCCUGCUGACGCACUGUGGUGUGCACGUCAAUGCCGGUCCCGAGAUUGGUGUCGCUUCCACCAAGGCGUACACUUCGCAGUUCAUCGCCAUGGUCAUGUUUGCUUUGUCUCUCAGUGAGGACCGCGCCUCCAAGCAGAAGAGACGCGAGGAGAUUAUCGAGGGUCUUGCCAACAUCUCUGGCCAGAUUAAGCAGAUCCUCGAGCUCGACCAGCCCAUCAAGGAGCUGUGCAAGAAGACCUUCAAGGACCAGAAGUCUCUGCUUCUCCUCGGCCGUGGCAGCCAGUUCUCCACUGCCCUCGAGGGUGCGCUGAAGAUCAAGGAAAUCUCCUACCUUCACUGCGAGGCUGUCAUGUCUGGUGAGCUCAAGCACGGUGUGCUGGCUCUCGUUGACGAGAACCUGCCCAUCAUCAUGAUCCUGACCCGUGAUGGCCUCUUCAAGAAGUCCCUCAACGCCUACCAGCAAGUCGUUGCCCGCAACGGCAAGCCCAUCGUCAUCUGCAACCCUGGCGAUGAGGAGUUCAAGUCGAACCAGGCGGAGCAGAUCGAGGUUCCCAAGACCGUCGACUGCCUCCAGGGUCUCCUCAAUGUCAUUCCUCUGCAGCUGAUCGCCUACUGGCUCGCUGUCUUGGAGGGUCUCAAUGUCGACUUCCCCCGUAACCUCGCCAAGUCUGUGACUGUCGAGUAAAGGAAGGGAUUUGGCGAUUGGGUGUACGAGGCACAUGUACAAGAAGGGAUCAAUUGCAGGCACUUCAUGAUGAUGACGAGUCUAGUAGGAGAAGUGACCAGCACCCUGGCUCGUUGUAUGCGAUGUUUUUCGGCCGGGAGUUGGGACGCUUGGAACGCGUGUUUACGAUACGAUACCUAUAUGUUGAUAUGACUGAGGAAGAAAGAAGCGACCUGCGAAAAAAGGCCUCGUAUAAUAGAAGAUUACAAAACAAAUGACUUGGGGCCUGGCUUCACGUGACUGUAGAACCCGGCAACGUUUUUACACAUCUAUGAUCCAUCAUAGGGCUCGGGGUCGGAUUCGUGGCGGAGUAUAUCAACGGCAUUGCUCAUUUCUAGUCCAAUACCAAUGAAACACAUGUCACACUGUGGACAACAUUCAUUGACGCAUGCCCGCACACAGUCGUUUGUUCAU